UAGAAGAUUAGAAAUAUAGUAAUAACAAUCUUAUAUCAUCAUCAUCAUCAUCAUGUGGGUGCUACGGGUUUCGGAGGGAAAGGAGGAUCCAUGGGUGAAGAGUGUAAAUGAGAACAUAGGAAGACAAUACUGGGAGUUUGAUGAUCAUAGCAGCAUCGUAACUACUCAACAAACAGCUCAACUCCAACACCUUCACCGUCACUUUCAUCUCAACCGCUUUCACACCAAACAUAGUUCUGAUCUUCUAAUGAGGCUUCAGUUUGCAAGGGAGAAUAAUAAUGACCAAGUGAUGAACAUAACAAAAGGACUAGUGAGAGUAGAAAAUGAAGAAGAAAUAACGGAGGAAUCAGUGAAAACGACGCUGAGAAGAGGGUUGUCAUUCUAUUCAACUUUGCAAACUCAAGAUGGUUUUUGGCCUGGUGAUUAUGGCGGUCCUUUGUUUCUUCUACCUGGACUGGUUAUUGGAUUGAGUGUCACGGGGGGCCUUAAUGCCAUCUUACCACAUGAGCACCGACGCGAAGCCUGUCGCUACCUCUACAAUCAUCAGAAUGAAGAUGGGGGAUGGGGACUGCACAUAGAAGGGAGAAGCACCAUGUUCUGUAGUGGCCUAUGCUACGUGGCUCUGAGGUUGCUCGGAGAAGACAUGAACGUCCAGCCCAUUCACAAAGCCAGAUCAUGGAUCCUCCGCCAUGGUGGCCUUACCUAUAUUCCUUCCUGGGGGAAAAUGUGGCUCUCGGUACUUGGGGUGUAUGAAUGGAGUGGCAACAAUCCAUUACCACCAGAGCUAUGGCUUCUUCCAUACACUCUAAAUCCCGUACACCCAGGACGAAUGUGGUGUCAUUGUAGAAUGGUGUAUCUGGCCAUGUCAUAUUUGUACGGAACAAAAUUUGUGGGUCCUAUCAAUUCCUUGGUUUUGUCUCUUAGGAAGGAACUUUAUACUCUUCCUUAUCAUCUUAUUGACUGGGACCACUCUCGUAACCUUUGCUAUAAGGAGGACUUGUAUUAUCCCCAUCCAAUGAUACAGGACAUAUUAUGGAGUUGCCUGCAUAAGAUUGGAGAACCUCUUCUGAAUAGUUGGCCUUUGUCUAAGCUAAGGCAGAGGGCUCUUCAUACUGUCAUGCAACAUAUCCACUACGAAGACCAAAACACCAACUACGUCUGUCUUGGCCCCGUCAACAAGGUACUGAACAUGAUUUGUUGUUGGGUGGAGGACCCACAUUCUGAUGCCUACAAGUCUCACCUUUCCCGAAUUAAAGAUUACCUUUGGCUUGCUGAAGAUGGUUUGAAAAUGCAGGGAUAUAAUGGUUCUCAACUGUGGGAUUGUGCUUUGACUGUUCAAGCUAUCAUGGCAACCCAUUUGAAGGAUGAGUACAGUUCAAUGCUUAAGAAAGCUCACUACUUCAUCAAAAAAACACAAAUAAGAAAAAACAAUUGGGGUAAUUUAAGUGAUUGGUAUCGCCACAUUAGAAAGGGAGGAUGGACCUUCUCAACUCCUGACAAUGGUUGGCCUGUCUCUGAUUGUACUGCUGAAGCUUUAAAGGCAGCCCUCUUACUAUCAGACAUGCCGUCUGAUAUCGUGGGAGAAGCCAUACCAGAGGAUCACCUUAAGGAUGCUGUUCAUCUUAUUUUAUCUUUACAAAACAAGAAUGGAGGAUUUGCAUCCUAUGAACUCACAAGAUCCUACGCUUGGCUGGAGAUGAUUAAUCCAGCUGAAACGUUUGGAGACAUUAUCAUCGAUUACCAGUACGUGGAAUGCACAGCAGCAGUGAUCAAAGGGCUGAAAUCAUUCACAAAGAAACACAAAGAGCAUAGGAAGAAAGAGAUCGAAGAAUGCAUAGGAAAGGCAGCAGAGUUCAUAGAGAGCAGGCAAGAAGAUGACGGCUCGUGGUAUGGGUCAUGGGGUGUCUGCUACACCUACGCCACUUGCUUCGCCGUAAAGGGCCUGGUGGCCGCUGGCCGCACCUACAACACCAGUCAUUCCAUAAGAAGAGCUUCUCGUUUCUUGCUCUCCAAGCAACUCCCUUCUUCUGGGGGUUGGGGUGAGAGCUAUCUUUCAUGCCAAAACAAGGUGUACACCAAUUUGAAAGGAGAUAAACCACACUUGGUAAACACUGCAUGGGCCAUGUUAGCUCUCAUCGAAGUUGGCCAGGCCGAGAGAGAUCCAACGCCCUUGCAUCAGGCUGCCAAAUUGUUGAUAAAUUCACAAAUGGAAAACGGGGACUUUCCACAACAGGAAAUUAUGGGAGUGUUCAAUAGAAAUUGCAUGAUCAGCUAUUCUGCCUACAGAAACAUAUUCCCCAUAUGGGCGUUGGGAGAGUACUUCACUCGGGUUUUGCUGCCUUCUUUGCCUAUUCUUCUAUAAUUAAUUAACAGUGUGUUAAUUGUAAAACUAUAUGGUCUUAUUAUGUUAUACAUAGUUCAAUAAAACACGUACUUCUAUAUAUGAUCACCAAGCUGUAACCCAUG